GGUGUAUGCAGGGGUGACCGGUGACCGUUGUGUGCUAGAUAAUCGCGGCGAGAUUUUUGAGUUUAGCGGCGCAUCAGUCCGUGGGAACCCAGACUCGCUGUCCCUCAUUGUCAACCAUGAAUGUUGUACGCGAAAUAAAUAGAAUAAAUGAACAGGAGCUGAAACUGGGUGUAAGUGGCUCAUGGCACGACGAGUACAAAGACUCUGCAUACAUCUAUGUUGGCGGUCUUCACUUUGACUUGACAGAGGGAGACGUCAUCACCAUAUUCUCUCAAUAUGGCGAGGUCAUGGAUGUGAACCUGCCUCGCGACAAACACACCGGAAAGACGAAAGGUUUCGGCUUUUUGAUGUACGAAGAUCAGCGUUCCACAAUUUUAGCUGUGGACAAUCUUAACGGCGCCAACGUUCUGGACAAGACGCUUCGUGUGGACCACGUCAAGGAUUACAAGCAACCUAAGGAGAAAGGCGAUGAUGGAGAAUGGCAUGAACGAGAUGAGCAGAGCAUGAACGCGAAACCUGAGAUAACCAUGGAAGAUGGCCCUGCUUCAGACUCUGACGCGUCUUCCACACACUCCAUCGAUCCAGAGGAUCCCAUGCGAGACUUCCUCAUCGCCCAACGACGAGAAGAGAAGGCGAAGAAGGCGAAGAAGACAAAGUCUAAAGACAAGCACAAGGACGAAACACCAGAGGAGCGUCGGGCACGUAAGGAGCGCAAGCGCGAAAAGAAGGCCAGGAAGGAGAAGAACAAGUCUCAGGGCAUCAAGGGCGUAGAGGACCUCCUCAAGUCGCUUGGGUCUGGUCCAUUUGGCGACCACGACCGUACCCGGUCCCCCGACAGCGACGGACGUAGAGGCGGCCGCGACAGGUCUCCACGCCCUCGGUCGCGAAGUCGGCCACCGCCCUCUGGGAGGAGCGCGCGUUCUCGAAGCCGGACACCCGUUGGCCGCCAUGCCGAUAAACGCAUGCGAAGUCCCACCUCGGAACGCUCUAGAGACCGCGAGUAUUCUGGGCGACGCUACAACCGUGAGGAGCCACGACGCGGCGGUUCUGACUACGACUACCACAAGACCAGGAGAGAUUAAACCUCGACUGCUAGUUCAUCCUGCGGAUUUGUUGUUUGACUUGUUGGUACCGUGUUCCGCUCCUUCAAAUAAUUGUCCCGACACUACGAUGCCGAAGAAGCAUGAUCUAUUCUUUAUAGUUGACCCGCGACACUUGUCCGGAUGGAGUCUUUUCUCAACAUAAUACAGACGCCUCCUUUUGCGAGGCUAUCACAGCUUUUCACUUGAUGCCCGAAACUACAUAAAUCCAUCCUGACAGGUGUGGGAGGUCAACUUCUUCGACUUCAUUGCUUGCCUCCAAGGUACUUACCAGAAGACCCUAGAGCAAU